AUGUUAAGAGAAAAAACCAACAGUAAACCACAAAAUAAUCAUAAACAAAACAAAAGAGACUGUUAUACAAAGACAGAACAAUUACCAGAUGAAAUAGUACAAAAUAGUACGCAAUGUAGUAAAAGUACUGUAGGUACAAGUACAACAGAAAAUUCAAAUUCGUUUGAAAAUAACCCGAAUGAACCCUCUUUAUCAGACAUAACCAGAAAUAAUCCUAAGAUAUAUAAAGCAAUGUAUACUAUGUUUUAUACAAUUUUAUUUCUUGUUGGGGCUAUAAACCUUCUCCUUUCUGCUCCUGUGAGUUUAGUUGAAGUAUUCAAUGAUAAAUUACAGAUAGGGAAAUAUUUAUUGAAUAUUCCAGAAUGUAACGGAUUACCAGAAAUGGAAAUGAUAAAUUGUAUAAAAAACGAAAAAAUAACUGAAUUUCCAGAAAUGGCAAUUGAUAAAUUUUUAUCGAGUAGAUUAUUUCAUGAGUCACAUACACCAGAAAGGUUCGAACAUAAUUUAAAGAUUUUAAAUACUUUAGGUAUGAUUUUGAUUUCUACAGGUAAAAUUUUAGGUAAUAUUUUUUAUUUGUGUUUAAAUAACUAUUUUCCUACUAUAACAAAUAAUUUAACGGUUAUUUUUAUGCAAAUUUUUACAUUUACCACUAUUCCAAUGCUUUUCAUACACUGUUCUAUGAUUAAUGAAUAUUUACCAGAUUUGUAUACGCAGUCUAUAAUAAGUCUUAUAACAAAAGUAUUCCUUGGUAUAAAUAUAUCACUAGGUGGGAUUCUGCUGGAUUUAGGACUAAUUAGAAUGACUAGAAUGAAUUUAGGGUUAAUUCGGGUAGAUAAAGAGUAUUUAAUGAAUGCGUAUAGUGCUGUUAGGAUAGUCUCAGGAUGUCUUGGAUUCUUAUUUCCUGUUGUAUUUAGUUAUAUCUACUAUAACUUAAACCCAGAAUUAGGUAUUUUUAUUAUUUCAGUAUUAGUGUUUAUGCCGUUAAUUACUGUUUACUGCCUGAAAAAGGCACUUAAUAAGAUAGAGUAUAAUACACCACAUAGUAUAAAUAAUGAAACAAUUACAGACACAAAUGUACAGGAAGAGAGUACAGAACUUAUAAUGCAAAAUAUUCCAGCUAAUUCGGGUCCUUUAGACGAAUCUAUUGAAAUGGAAGAAUUAGGAAAUGUUCAUGGGAAUACAAUACAGUCUGUAAGAAACAAUAAUAGUAAUGAAAAUACAUUAAAGCCCGAAACAACCCGAAAUAUUCUACAGAAGAUAUUGUACGGCCUACAAAAACUCUUGGAAUACUUUCCUAUUAUAACCUUAUUAUUUCCUAUUUCAUUCUUUAUGACAGGAAUUAAUAUUUUUAUAUUCUAUAAAGAGAGUAUAAUUGCAUCUACUUUAGGAAUAUUCCCACUUAUAGUACUGUCUGCCCCACUAGUCGGUGGAUUAUUAGCAUUAUUUGCCCCUCUUCGUAUAAAACAGUCUAUGAAAAUAUUUAUAGGAUUUACCAUAAUAGGAAUAUGUCAGUUAUUGUUUUUUAUUAUAAAAACUAACGAUUUAUUAUCUGAAGAUAUCCUAUCAAAAUAUUUAAUAAUAAGCGUGUCCCUUAUGUUAAUAGUAAUAGUAUACUUAUUAACCCCAUUACUGGGUAUACUGCCGGUACUAAUUAAUCCAUCUGGUAAUUUUAUUGCUAUAUACGGAUUAUACCAGCAGAUAAUGGACAUUAUAAUAUUUUUUAUUUUAUCAAAAAUAUUUCAAUCGAUUGGCAAGGAUUUUAUUCUUGUUUGUGGAAUAUUUUCUAUUCUCAGUGGGAUAGGAUUAAAAAUAAUAAUUCCUAAUGAAUUGUAA